AUGGAAGCUGCUACUGCACUCACUGUUGCUCAGAUGCUAACCAUUAAAAAUUUCCUCCUGGAUGCCGACUCCAAGUGUCAGGAGCUCACAAAUGAAGGCCAAUACUGGGUCCAGAACCUCAAAGAUGUUGUCUAUGAUGCUGAUGAUCUGUUGGAUGAAUUCAACACCAUUUCUCAUCAGUUGAAAGAAAUGCCUGGUGGUAAGCUUUUAAGAAGUCCUUAUGUGUUAGAAGAGAGUAUUAUUGGGAGAGAUGCUGAUAAGGAGACCAUUGUGGAUUUGUUGUUAAAAGAUGAAUCGGAGAAAAAUAUUUCUUUUGUGACUAUUGUAGGGAUUGGGGGUUUGGGAAAAACUGCUCUUGCCCAGCUCGUGUUUGAAGAUCAUAGGAUUAAAGAGGCCUUUCAAGAAAAGAUGUAUUGGGUUUGUGUAUCUGAAAAUUUUGACAGAGAUCAGAUCCUAGGUAAGAUACAUAAGGAAAAGAAUAAGGAGUGUACACUUCAGAAGAUACAUAGGAAUGUUCAGAAACUCACAGAAGGGAAAAGGUACUUGCUUGUUUUAGAUGAUAUGUGGUAUGAGGAACGAAAAAAUUGGGGUGAGUUGAAAGACUUCUUGAAUUUAGGUGGAAGGGGAAGUAGGAUUUUGAAGGUCUCUCAAAGGAGGAGUCUUGGGAAUUAUUCAAGAAUAUCACUAGAAAAAAGGGAAGAUGAAGCUGUCACCGAUGACCUUGUUGAGAUAGGAGAGGAUAUCUUAGAAAAAUGUGCCAAUGUGCCUCUUUCCAUAAAAGUGGUAGCCAAUUUGUUGUUUAAACAAGAUAUUGCAGUUUGGGAGUCAUUUAGAAGUAUUGAUUUGGCAAACUUUUAUGAUUGUGAGAAAGGCAUAAUGCCAACAUUGAUGUUUAGCUAUUAUCACCUUUCUCCUGAGUUAAAAACUUGUUUUAGCUUUUGCUCACUCUUCCCUGAGGACUAUGAAAUUGAUAAAUUAGAGUUAAUUCAUCUCAGGAUGGCACAAGGAUAUCUUGUUCCAAGUUCUAAUAAUGAGAGCAUGGAAGAUGUCGGUGAAAAAUAUCUAUCAAUUUGA